GCCCCGGCCCGCCCUCCCCGCCCCAACUACUCGCUCCCCAACGGAAAGUUCGGCUCCGGCGGCGUCUCGCCCGGCAGCGGGGAUGAGCCGGGGUCGGGGGUCGCGCUGAGCGGCGGCCAGGAGGGGGCAACUUCUCCCGGGAGAGCGCCUCCCGCCGGGCCCCGCCGGCCGCAGCCCCCGGCGGGCUCGAGUGGUUUUUCCCUUGCCUGUGCCUCCCCCCUGCGGAUCCAAGAGACGGACCUAGGUCCCCGCGCUCCCGCUGCCGGGUGACAAGAGCCAGCGCCGCCGCCGCCGCCUCGGCUGCCGCUCCCUCCGUCCCUCCGCCCGGCCAGCCGGCCGCUCCCGGCCGCAGCCCCUACCCUGCCCGUCCGCCUGCCCGCCGCACCAUGGAGUUCUCGGAGAGGAAGCGGAGCAGGAAAUCCCAGAGCUUCAAACUGGUGAGCCGAGAUUAUCACCAUGAGGUCUAUAAGAUCUCAGAAUUCAGCACCGAUGUUAAUGGGAAGGCCAAAGAGACACAACCCAUUUUUUUAGGAGAUGAAAGCAUGGAAAUUAAAAAACAAAUUACAGGAAUGAGAAGAUUACUGAACGACAGCGCUGGGAGGAUCUACCAGCGUGUGGGCAAGGAGGGGGAGAAAUUGAAAGAAGAACCCCAGGAUUUGGAUUCGAUCUGGCCUCAGCGUUUAAACUCUGUGGAGGCCCCGCCGAGCCUCCACCCGUCUUCCCGUGGUGCGUGGAACGAGUUACCACCUCAGAGCGGGCAGUUCUCAGGGCAGUAUGGCACCCGCUCCAGAACCUUCCAGAGCCAGUCCCACUCCGCCGCGAGCUCCAAUGGAGAACUUCCAGUGGUGAAUUCGUCCGUUGGAUCAAACUGCUGUACUUGUAACUGCCAGUCAACGUUGCAGGCCAUCCUCCAGGAACUCAAGACCAUGCGGAAACUGAUGCAGAUUCAGGCAGUUGGAACCCAGAACAGACAACAACCCCCAAUUUCCCUUAUCUGCUCCCAGCGAACCGCCGUCUCGCGCAAGAGAAAUAAAAAGAAAAAAGUGCCCCUGAAGACUGUGGAACCUCUCACUGUGAAACAGAAGCCCAGUGCGUUAGAAGCCGAGGAGAAGGCGGUGGCGGCCCCCGAGAAUCCCAGUCUCCCCUCGGCCGAGCACGCCUCCCCCAGGGAGAACCACAUCCUAGGAUUUGGCAUCGUACUCGAAUCACCAGCCUCUGAUCCAGAAGUGCAACUUGCUGAAGGCUUCGAUGUGUUUAUGCCUAAAUCUCAGCUGGACUCUAUACUGUCAAACUACACUCGCUCAGGAAGCCUUCUGUUUAGAAAACUGGUGUGUGCAUUUUUUGAUGACAAGACUUUGGCUAACUCCUUACCCAAUGGGAAGAGGAAAAGAGGACUCAAUGACAACCGGAAAGGACUAGACCAGAAUAUUGUGGGUGCAAUAAAAGUCUUCACAGAAAAAUACUGCACUGCUAAUCACGUGGAUAAACUUCCUGGCCCAAGAGACUGGGUUCAGAUUCUACAGGAUCAAAUCAAACUGGCCAGAAGAAGGUUAAAAAGAGGCUCAGCAGAGGCAGCUGACGGUGAUGAACGGCUGGACUGCGUUUCUCUACCCCCAACAGGUAAUAUAUUUGACACCAGGAGAGAAAACACGGAAGACACAGAGACAGCUUUCACUGCCUAGACUUUCCUUUAGCGACACUUCUCCUUAGCGCACGCAUCUCCUCCAUUGGAAUUUCCUCAAAGAUCCACUAACAUUUCAGGUUACUGCAAAGUGUGGGCGUUCUGUGAAGCUGACUCGUCACGUUUGAAUAGUUUUCAUAUUCUUUCUUUGUAAUGUGUGAUCAUCAAGCCUCCAAUUUGGUCUAAGAUUUUUAAAAAUCAUCUUUAGAGUUGAAUUCUCAGCCUUUAAAUGUCCAGCAUAUCACUGGGUUGGUUCAAUGUCCAUGAAAAAGAAGCAGUUUUAUUUUCCCUGUUUUUUUUUUCCUUCAGUGUUAAUAUGGUAUAGAGUUUUGAAGCAUAUUUAUUUUAAUGUAAAUUGCUUAGUUGCAGUAUAGAGGAGAAUGGCUCUUUCCGGACCAAGGAAGCAGUGUUGAAGGCCAAACUUAAUUAGAAUCUUCACCAGCUUAGAAGAUGGAAAAGUUGUUUUGGGAGACAGGACAGCUCUGAUCUAUUAGAUUAAAUAAUUUGUGGCAUCAUUUUCUCCCCAGAAUAACCAUUUGUCACUGGUAAGUGCAAACGAUACGUAAAUUCUUAGGAAAGAAAAAUCUUUCACGUAGGUUGUGUCGACACAGCGACAAAAUAACUAAUUAAAAGGUGAGAAGCUUAAAGUAACCAGCUAUCCACAUGACACCUGACAACUGUUUUAACAGAUGGUUUUAGCUGAGUGGUCCAGGGUUGUGGCAUCAUGUGGCAACUGGCCACAAAUGUACUUGACCUUGUAUACUUCACGUGGCUCUGGUACACUUGCCCCCCCACUUUCUAUAAAACCAACAAGUGAAAAUGUGGAUUCAUUUUAAAGAAAUAUUUUUGGCAUGUGGGUAUUUGUUUCACAGAGAUAUUUGCCUCCGGAUUCCUUUCUCGAGUAAGGUGGUGAAUUUAAAAUACCUGUUUAUUUGGAGGCAUUGCAUUUAUACUUCAUUUACUGUAUAAAGCGAAUUACCGUGAAUCUUUGGCACUUGACCCAAAGGCCAAAAGUUGGCUUGAAAGAAAUUUGGACAGUAGAAACACCAGACCCCCGGGGCGUGGGGAGGGGAAAUGCUGUGCUACCAUUUAACACGCGUCCCUAGCACUUUAUCAAAUCGGAGAGUGUGAGAGCUCAGAGUUACUGUUAGUCCCACUCCCUCGGUUUGUGGUAAGGCAGCUAAGGAGGAAUGAGGAUCACGGUUGCCCAGCGCCGGGCAACAAGCCAUCAAUGGGCAGGCCAAGCCGGGAACCUCAGUUCCUGACUACCCCAUCCCAGGCACCUGUGCCAUCACGUCACUCGGGGCAGCUAGCCCUGGGCUAGGAGGGGCGCUCUAGGGAAGACCAGCUAAUCAACCCAAGACCAUAGGAGGCGUUCCUGUGAUGUGACAAAGCUAGUCUAGGCGUGGCUUAUGGAAUCAAUCCACCUGCUAGACAGAUACAUCUCAUACACGUGUGACUUUUAUCUUCUUUUCGGAGCCUCAAGGAAGGUUCAGAUCAAUGGUUUCCAUCACAGGUUUAGCUAGCCUUUUCGAUUUCAGGCCAGUUAGUAACCCCUUCCCUGACACCAGCCUCUCUGUUCAUCCAGGAAUCUAAUGAAGCACUGUGAACCCAGGCUUUUGUUUUGCUACAAGAUAUGUUUUAAAAUUUGUCUUCUGCCUCUCAGAAGGAAGUCUUUCUCAAGGGAAUUGAAAAGAUUAAUUCGUGACCUUUCAACUCUGUUACAGUAAGAUGAAUACAUUGCGAAUAAAAGUAGAAACAUUUACCUUACAGCUGUGGAAUCUGUUAAAUAUACACCAUGAACCUUCAAAGCACUUCCUGCCAAGACUGGGCGAGAGCUUGAAUUUUUCACUACUUGAGGGGUGGGUGGGGAUUGUUUGCCUCUCGAAUAUGUGCAAUGGAUUCACAGAUUGGAAAUACAUGGCAUAAAACUGCAACUGUAAAAACAUAUUUUAUAAAUUAAAACUGUGUUUACUGAACUGUGACUACUGUUCAGACUUUAUUCAGAAGUUCUUUUUAUAGGCUUUCUUAGCAAAAAAA